AUGGCUCUGUUUUACGACGAUAUUUUAUCCUCAUCUGAUGAUGAUGAAAUGCUUAACCACGUUCAGAGAAAGCCCCGAAUAUUCAGAGAACGAGUGAAUUAUUUCGAAACCAUGGAUGAUUUGGGUUUUUUUACACGAUUGCGUUUAACAAAAAUUACUGUUGGAACUUUGCUGCUCCAAAUAGAAGAAAGUUUGCAACAUGCUACAGAAAGAAACAACGCUAUUCCAUUUAGGAUACAGCUCUUACUUGCUGUACGGUACUACGCAACUGGUUCGCAACUUAUUGCUGCUGGGGACUUCUCUGGAGUUAGCAAAACUAGCUCUCAUAGAAUUAUUCACCGAGUGACUGCUGCUAUUGCUGGACUGGCUCGAGAAGACAUUAAAAUGCCUUCUACAGAAGCAGAAGUUACUGCUGCUCAAGUAGAUUUCUAUGCAAUAGCACGUUUCCCUAAAGUUAUUUCGGCAUUAGAUUGCACACACGUUCGAGUGCAGUCAUUUUGUGGGGACGAUGCUGAAGUGUUUAGAAAUCAAAAAGGAUAUUUCUCCAUAAAUGGUCAAACCACUUGUGACAGUGGCAUGAAAUUUAACAGUACUGUGGCACGUUGGCCAGGAGCAAUUCAUGAUUCCACUAUUUUUCGAAAUUCUAGGCUAUGCGCUCGAUUGGAAGCUGGUACCCGAGAAGUGUGGCUUCCGCUUGAGGGCUCGAGAUCCUGUGAAACACCUCCAUCCACUCACCACAACAUCUCCGCGUAA